AUGCCAUCCAUUCCAACUGGAGCCCCCAUGCCAUCAGUUCUGGUUGGAGCCCCAACUCCGACACUUUCCUCAUCGCUCCAGGCAGCCCUAGCAUCUGGAGGGGAGGAUGAUUUGGAGGAGAUGUCUCUCAAGAACGAUUCCUCGUCAAGUGAUUAUUUUGACUAUGACAAAGAAAGUGAUGAGAGCACGGGCAAGCAUGGGGACGAUGACCAAUUUUUCAGUGGACUUGAGGAAGCUGCUGAUGGUUUGCUGGGCAGCUUUGGCCUUGCAAACAAAAAGAAACGAGGGCUAAAUGAUGAUGAUUUGGAUGAUGCAGAACGUGAUCGUGAUUUGAAUCUUGAUAUCAAUGACUAA